GGCAAGCCGGGAUUUUUUGUGUAGCGAGAGAAGGCUUUGUCGACAGCUCGGGCUUAUCUGAUCGCGCCUCCUGCGGUCCUUGGCUGGGAGCAUCUUAUCUUUUUCAUCUGAUCAGCUUUGAUCUCAAGGGCAGGAUCAGUCGCUGGUCGCUGUUGUACUUCUCCAGUCUCAAGUUUCAUUUCCUCGUCCUGCCUCGGUCGAGGUUUCUCCAGCUUCACCAUGGCUAUCUCCCUGACGAGCUUCCUCCUCCCAAUAUGUCUUUUCAUCUCAUUAGCCCGGACCGCUACCUUGACAUAUGACUUCGACGUAGCAUGGACACAUGCCAACCCGGACGGCCAGUAUAACCGCCCGGUCAUCGGCAUCAAUGGACAAUGGCCGAUUCCUUCCAUUGUCGCAACCAAAGGCGACCAAGUCAUCGUCAACGUCAAGAACUCACUGCGUAAUGAGAGCACAAGUCUGCACUUCCAUGGGCUGUACAUGAACGGUACAACGCACAUGGACGGCCCCGUCGCCGUUACUCAAUGCGGAAUCCUCCCCGGAUCAUCGUUCACAUACAACUUCACCAUCGAUCAGCCAGGCACAUACUGGUACCACAGCCAUGUGCGCGGCCAGUAUCCAGAUGGUCUUCGCGGACCUCUUAUCGUCAAAGACCCAGAGAACCCUUUCAAGGGCCAGUACGACGAGGAGGUUGUUCUCACCUUCUCAGAUUGGUACCAUGAGUCGAUGCCCAAGCUGAUGUCGGGCUUCAUCAGCAUUGCGAAUCCUUCUGGAGCGGAGCCUGUACCUCAGGCCGCUUUGGUCAAUGACACACAGAACCUGUCUGUCAAGAUUGAGCCGGGGAAGACGUACAUGUUCCGUAUGAUCAAUAUUGGUGCUUUUGCGGCGCAGUAUGUGUGGUUCGAGGAUCAUACUAUGCGUAUCGUUGAAGUCGAUGGCAUCUAUACAGAGCCCAUGGACGCAGAGAUGCUUUAUGUGACUGCAGCCCAGAGGUAUAGUGUCUUGGUCACUGCGAAGAAUGACACAAGUUCAAACUUUGCAUUCGUCGGCUCUAUGGAUGAGGAUCUCUUCGACGUUUUCCCAGACGGCCUGAACCCCAAUGUUACAGGAUGGCUCGUCUACGACGAUACCAAGGCAAAGCCCGAGGCCAAAUUGAUCGACUCAUUCGACUCCCAAUUCGACGACUUCACACUUGUCCCAUACGACAAAGAAUCCAUCUACUCCAACGUCGACCAGUCCAUCACCCUUGACAUGAAGAUGGAUAAUCUCAACGACGGCGCCAACUACGCUUUCUUCAACGAUAUCACCUACGUCGCCCCCAAAGUCCCCACCCUCUACACAACCCUCUCCACUAGCGCCAACGCCACCAACCCCCUCAUUUACGGUUAUAACACGAACCCGUUCGUGCUGUCACAAAACCAAGUCGUAGAAAUCAUCCUCAACAACGACGACCCGGGAAAGCACCCGUUCCAUCUGCACGGCCACGCCUUCCAGGUCAUCGCCCGCUCGGAGGAAGAAGCAGGCGCUUUCGAUCCCAACAAUGCCACGCAGAUCGCCUUUGCUGCUACGCCGAUACGGAGAGAUACGGUGCUUGUGAGGCCCAAUGGACAUAUUGUGCUGCGCUUCCAGUCUAAUAAUCCGGGAAUUUGGCUCUUCCAUUGCCACCUCGAAUGGCACAUGGCGUCCGGUCUCGCCAUAACAUUGAUCGAAGCACCUCUCACCCUACAGUCCCAGCUCUCGGGCAAGAUUCCGCAAGACCACUGGGACGUGUGCAAAGCAGGUGAUGUGCCUGUGGUUGGCAACGCUGCAGGAAAUACGGUUGAUGUGCUGGACUUGACGGGCGAGAAUAAGAGCCCAGGAGAGUUACCAGCAGGAUUUACAGGAAGAGGUAUCGUGGCGCUGGUGUUUAGUUGCUUGAGCGCAUUCGUCGGAAUGGCAGUCAUUGGGUGGUAUGGGUUGAAACCUAUUGAAAAGAAGACCAAGUAAUCAGUUGGUGAUUUGACGAGGAAUGAUGGUUGAUGGAAGAUUGGCAUUAGCGAUGUCUCCUUUGCAUUAAAUUCUAUUCUCCUUGCU